AUUGAUCUGUAAAAUUCUUACAAAAUCGUGUUUGAAAGGCGAUUCCAAUCAAAUAUAUUUUUCAGCCUUUUAAGGAUUGGUCAAAUCAUAUAAUUAAAAAAACCGGGCCAUUUCACCAAUUUAUCUUAAAAUGUAAGGCCUUUGCCGUCAACUACAAUUAAAUAAAAUACAUCCUUCCUUUUUUCAACGAACGUAAUCUCAGCCGUUCAUCGUUUCUAUCUUCCCACGAUCUAUCUUUACCGUCGGCUAAACUUCGUUCUCCUCCUGAAUCGCGCAACAUCGGCUCCUGAUUCCUCCACUCUAGUUUCCUCUAAACCCUAAACUUCUUCGUUCGCGCGCUUGGACGAACGAAGCCGCCGGCAAUCCCAUCUCUGUUCGGCGACUGAUAUUGACCCCGGCACGUUUUUACUCUUCAAAAGGUGAUGGAAGGGGAGAAUAUAUCGGAGCCGCUGAAUACGGCGGCGGCAUCUACGGGACAGGGUAUCUCCGCAAGACCUCCUCCAAGUGACUCAGUAUUGGCUACUGCUUCGAGUAUCUCUCCACGCAGUCAAUCUCAGCCGGACCAGAAGGAUCAAUCCUCUAUGUCUAUUGCUACUACUGCUUUUGUCUCUCAGUCAGUUCCAUCUCCUGCUGCUGCACAGUGGAGUUCUAAUGCAGCAGCCUCGUCGAAUAUAUAUCACAUACCUCAAGCUUCGCCGAUGCUACCAAAUCCGCCGUUUAGUCGACCAGGAACACUCGCCCCUCCUGGACUAAUGACAUCUCCGCCUGCGUUUCCUGGUUCCAACCACCCUUUCUCUACAACUCCAAGACCCGGGAUGUCUGCAGGUCCUGCUCAUAUCAAUCCUGGUAUGCCUCCGCACAUGUAUCCUCCAUAUCAUUCACUGCCUACAAUGCAUGGAACGCCUCAAGGAAUGUGGUUGCAGCCUCCCCAUAUGGGUGGUAUUCCCAGGGCAGCUUUUCCUGGUUCUUAUCCAUUUCCCGUUCGUGGAAUCUCUCAUAACCUACCACCAUAUUCUGGUUCUCAACCGCUUGGGGGCGUUCCCAUGGGAAGUGGUGGCACUGUUCAUGCGUUACCAGGUCAUCAGCUUGAUGUUUCUCCCGGGCAAAAGACAGAAGCACUCUCAGGAAUCGAUGACAGAGCUGGUUCUCAACUAGUGGGAAAUCGGGUAGAUGCCUGGACUGCACAUAAAUCAGAAACGGGAGUUGUUUACUACUAUAAUUCAGUGACAGGACAAUCGACCUAUGAAAAGCCUCCUGGUUUUGAAGGGGAGCCUGAUAAAGUGCCGGUGCAGCCAAUUCCUGUUUCUAUGGAGAAUCUACCUGGGACGCAUUGGGCUCUUGUAUCCACAAAUGAUGGCAAAAAGUACUACUACAACAAUAAAACAAAGGUGAGCAGCUGGCAAAUCCCGGCCGAGGUGAAAGAUUUGGUGAAGAAACCGGAGGAGAGGUUUACAGAGAGUUUAGCUUCUGUGCCACGUGCUGAUUUAACUGAAAAGGGUUCUGAUCAAUCAAGUUUGAACGCACCUGCUAUUACCAAUGGUGGUCGUGAUGCCGUAUCUCUCAGAACUACAAAUUUUCCCGGUUCCUCAGCAUUGGAUUUGGUUAAAAAGAAACUACAUGAUUCUGGAGUGCCUGUCUCAUCUACCACAGCAUCUGAAGCAAAUGGUGGUAAAGCAAAUGAGGCCACUCCUAGUGGAGAGAGCGGAAAUAGUAUGGGUAGGGUAAAAGAUGCUCCUGGAGCGGGUGACCUUUCUGAUUCUUCUUCAGAUUCCGAAGUUGAAGACAGUGGACCAUCAAAGGAAGAGUGUGUCAAACAGUUUAAGGAAAUGCUCAAGGAAAGAGGAAUAGCACCUUUUUCUAAGUGGGAGAAGGAACUGCCAAAAAUUAUCUUUGACCCUCGCUUUAAGGCUAUACAAAGUCAUUCUGUUAGAAGAUCUUUAUUUGCGCAGUACGUAAAGACACGUGCUGAGGAAGAACGUAGGGAAAAGCGUGCAGCUCAUAAAGCAGCUGUUGAAGGUUUCAAGCAGUUGCUGGAUGAAGCGUCCAAGGACAUUGAUCAACACACUGAUUACCGUGAUUUUAAAAAGAAAUGGGGGAAUGAUCUGCGGUUCGAAGCACUUGAGCGUAAGGAGAGGGAGUCUUUGCUAAAUGAAAGAGUCCUUUCUUUGAAACGGGCUGCUGACCAAAAGGCGAAAGAAAUCCGCGCAGCCGCUGCCUCUGAUUUCAAGACAAUGCUACGUGAAAGAGAAGUGUCAAUAAAUUCAUAUUGGUCCAAGGUGAAGGAUAGCCUGAGAAAUGAUCCAAGAUAUAGAUCGGCUGACCACGAAGAUAGGGAGGUCUUUUUUAAUGAGUACAUUGCGGAAGUAAAAGCUGCACUAAGGGGAGAUGGCCAUGAGAUGAAAGCCAGAGAUGAAGAGGAUAAACUGAGAGAACGGGAGAGGGAGUUGCGGAAACGGAAAGAAAGAGAAGUGCAAGAGGUGGAAAGAGUACGGCAAAAAAUUAGAAGGAAAGAGGCAGUCGCUUCUUAUCAAGCAUUGCUAGUGGAAAAGAUCAGAGACCCCGAGGCAUCGUGGACAGAAUCUAAGCCGAAACUUGAGAGGGAUCCUCAGAAACGCGCCUCUAAUCCAGAUUUAAAUCAUGCUGAUAAAGAGAAGCUAUUCCGAGACCACAUAAAGACAUUGUACGAGCGGUGUGCACAUGACUUCAAAGGUCUUCUAGUGGAAGUGUUGUCGUCGGAACCUGCUUCUCAACAGUCGGAAGAAGCAAAGACGGUGCUUAAUUCAUGGUCAACGGCUAAACAAGUACUCAAACCCGAUGUCAGAUACAGCAAGAUGCCCAGAAUAGAUAGGGAAGUCCUAUGGCGCCGAUAUGCUGAAGAUAUUUUGAGAAAACAGAAACAAGAAAGCCAUCAAAAGGAAGAGAAACAAAGAGAUUACAUGACCUAAAAUCCGCAUAAUAAUACAUUGCUUAAAGUUUGAAAAGCUCAGUGCUAUGCGAAGCUCUUUUGAUUUCUCUUAUUCAUCAAUCAGCUUUGUAUAUUCAACAGAAUAGCAAACCAAAUGCGAUUUCUUUUUAUUUCUCCUUUGAGGAUAAUGUCAUAACGUGGUAGAAUUUUUUUUUCACAACUGUAACAAUAUCCUGUCUUGGUUGAAUUUUUCUUGUACUUUUAAUUUUUGUUAACUAAAAAAACAAUCUAGUUUGUUUGAUAUUUCUACUUAA